GCUCUAAAUUAUAACAAAAUUAAUCAUUUCAGGAAAGUCAGAGCUUUGACAGUGUGAGAUUGUUUCACAACAGUUCCACCCCUUUCGUGACACGCCAAAAGUCUGCCAGGAAUCAGACCUCCUUCCUUGUCAGACAUCAUUAAAACAGCUGACUCAGUUCACAUUCAGCUCAGACGCUCCACCAAGUGAAAACAUUGAGAAGAUCCUCCUCCAGCUCUGAUCGUGAGUUUUAUUCUAAAUAUUAUCCCGUUUAAAGUGUGAAACCACUGUUGGUUGAGCUGCUGCCUCGUGGGCUUUUCUAAAAACAGAAAGAUGUUGUGGAUUCCAGAGGAGGAUGUCUGUUGCCCUAUCUGCCGCGACGUCUUCAGGGAUCCUGCUGAAUUGAUCUGCAAACACAGCUACUGUAGGUCCUGUCUGGAUAACUGGUGGGAUGGGAAGAUUAUACUGGAGUGUCCAGUUUGUAAGAAAACGUCCCCCACGAGGGACCCUCCAUCCAACAAUGAUCUACGACACAAAUGCGUUUUGUAUCUUCAGAGCAGAGGGCUCCCGGCUCAAGAGGAACCAGAGGUUCUCUGCAGUUUGCACAAUGAGGAGCUGAAACUCUUCUGCGUGGAUCACCGGGAGGCCGUGUGUCUCACCUGCCAGUGUUCAGACAUACACAUCGGGCACAGAUUCAAACCGGUUAAAGAAGUCGCUCGGGAGCAGAAAAGAGAGCUGAAAAGGCUUCUUGGGCCUUUGCAGGACAAACUCAAGCUGCUGAAUGAGGCUAAAGAAGGUUUUGAUGAGGAGGCUAAACACAUUACGAUACAGGCCCAAUUCACCGCGGUGCGCAUGAAGGAGCAGUUUAGGAGGCUACGCAAGUUUCUCCAAAAGGAGGAAGAACUCCAGCUCAGUGCUCUGAGGGAAGAAGAGACUAGGAAGAGUCAGCUGCUGCAGACGAAGAUCGAGGCCCUGAGUAAAGAAAUAGCUGCUCUAUCAGGAAUUCUUCAAGACACAGAAGAAAUGAUCCGAGGAAAAGACUCUGCGUUCCUGGUGGACUUUAAAUCGACUGUGAGAAAGAUCCAGCAGCGCCCCCCGCUGGAAAACUCAGAGCCCAUCUCAGGAGCACUGAUAGAUGUGGCCAAUCAUCUUGGCAACCUGGGCUUCAACAUCUGGAACAAGAUGAAGCACGUGGUCUCCUACACCCCUGUGGUUCUGGACCCGAACACGGCCAAUGCAGAAUUGCUUGUGUCGGACGAUCUGACAAGCGUGAAACAAGGAGAGAAACAGAACGUUCCCAACAACCCGGAGCGGUUUGACUACUACCGUAUCGUCUUGGGCUCUGAGGGCUUUGACUCUGGGACACGCAGCUGGGACGUCGCGAUCGGAGAAAGCGCAAGCUGGUUUGUAGGUGUUGCAUCCGAGGAUGUGAAGAGGAAGGGGAAGCAUCCAUCCAGCUUAUGGAGAAUCGGAUGCUUAGAGGGUAAAUACUACGCCCGCUCCCUAUCGGACCCAUCCACGACUCUGUCUCCGAUAGGGAAGCUCCAGAGGAUCCGAGUGUAUCUGGACUGCAGCAGAGGAAAGCUGCUGUUCUUUGACCUUGAUACCAACACACAUCUUCACACCUUUACUCACACCUUUACUGGAAAAAUCUUUCCAUACUUCAACACUGUGAAUACGUCACCGAUGAAGAUUUUACCGGAAACACUUCUCGUAAAGCAGCUUCCAGAAUAGACCUUCACAGAACUCCCAGAAUCCUUCAUCCAUCCACCUUCUGCUGCUGAGACGGAGCUCCCAAACAACCGGGGAGUCUCUGUGUGAAACUCUUCAAUGUCUGAACAGAUGUCAGAACAUCAUGUCUGAUUAAUGUACUGCUGUGCAGAAACGACUGUACCGACGCUGAUGGAAGUACUGGAAAAGUAUGAAACCAUAUGAAAGUAUUAGAAACAAGCAUUAUUUACUUGUUCUGCAUUUAGGUGAUAUUUUUGUUUUAUGUUCAUUCUAUUUAUGUUGUAAUCUGAUGUAAAAUCUGAUGUAAGAUCCUCCCGUAGGCCUUGUAAAUGUGUAGAAAGGAUUGAUCACUGAAAUAAAAAAAUUAAAACCA